UUUUAACACUUCACAUUUUAUUUGAAAGUUGUAUCAACUGGGACGUUUUUGCACCGAUCAGUGGUACAUGUCAAGUUGUUUCUCAUGAAGAAGAUGAGUCCUGUGCAAAAAGGGAUUCUAAAAGCGCCUGCUUUUUAAAUAAAUCAUAUACUGUAGAUCCUCUGGGAACAUCCGUGUACUCUGACGCUGAAAGGAGAGAGGGUGAAAAUCACGAGGUUGUGUCUGUUCGAAAUAGGUAGGUAUGUUCCCAGAUGCCUUGGAGGCUGCAGGACGGGUAGAGGGUUUGAAUUUGUCCCCUCCCCAGACUCUCCCGGACCCAGACGACGAAGCAGAACUGAGCCAUGAAACCAAAAGAAGAGGCAGAUAUCGCCAUAGCUUACAGAUAUUGAAGCCUUUUAGGAUCACACACAAACAUCAACACCCUGUGGACAAUGCUGGAUUUUUCUCUUUCAUGACCCUGCAAUGGCUCUCGCGCUUGGCGUGGAGGGCCCACAAAGCGUCCUGUCUCAGGAUGGAAGACGUCUGGGGUCUGUCUUGCCACGAGGCUUCAGAAACAAACUGCCAGAGACUGGAGUGGCUGUGGCACGAGGAGCUCAAGAGACGAGGGAAGGACGGGGCGUCUUUGUCUCGGGUCUUCUGGAGGUUUUGUCAGACCCGUAUGCUGGUGGCUAUCUUCUCUCUUCUCAUCACUAUGGUGGCUGGAUUUGCUGGACCUGCUCUGCUGAUCCGAGCCCUGCUGGAGUAUUCUCAAUGCUCUGAGGUGAAUCUGAAGUACGGCCUGGCUCUGGUCGGCGGGAUUUUUCUUUUGGAGCUGACACGCUCCUGGUCUUUGGCUUUUGUGUGGGCUGUCAACUACCGCACGGCCACACGCCUCAGGGGAGCCGCGCUCACUUUCGCCUUCCAGAAAAUCCUACGACUGCGCAACACUAAAGACAUCAGCACCGGAGAGCUGGUGAACAUUUGCUCGAGUGAUGGACAGCGGCUGUAUGAGGCCGUCUCGGUGGGCUGUCUGCUGGCUGGGGGGCCUCUUGUUGGGAUUCUGGGUCUGUCAUACACCACUUAUUUUUUAGGACCCACGGCGCUUGUCGGAUCGGCCAUAUUUGUCAUUUUCUAUCCCACCAUGAUGCUGGCCUCCCGCCUGACAGCAUAUUUCCGUAAGAAGUGCGUGGUGGUUACGGACCGGCGCGUCCGUCUGAUGAACGAAAUCCUGGGCUCUAUAAAGUUCAUUAAGAUGUACUGCUGGGAAAGUGUAUUUACAAACAACCUCCAGAAGGUUCGAUCAGAAGAGAGAAGAAUACUGGAGUGGGCCGGAUGUGUUCAGAGUCUAACAGUGGGCGUGGCUCCAGUCAUUGUUGUGAUAGCUAGCGUGUGCACCUUUACGCUUCACAUGGCCCUCGGCAAUGAUCUCACCGCAGCACAGGUCACACCCAUGGUGGUGCGCUCCUUAUCAGACGGAUCCGUGGCUGUGAAAAGAUUUCAGAAGCUCUUUAUGAUGGAGGACAGAGAGAUGAUCUCAUGUAAAACAGAAGAUCCUGAUAACGUGGUGGAGUUUAAAGAUGCCACGCUAGCCUGGGACAAAACCUGCAGCUCACAGGAGAAGAAGAGCAGCAGAGGCCAGCAGAAAAGAGGAGGCAUGAAGAGGGUUCUGAGGAGAGAGAAACUGAGCUUGUACAUCAUCUCAGAGGAAAACAAAGGAAAGAGCGAGGAACCCAAUGCAGAACACCUCCUUACACACAUGGAGCAGGAGAGCCCGCAGAGCACCAUCUCCUCCACCCAGAGCAUGAGACCUCCACUGCACAAAACCCUUCACCGCAUAGACCUGUGUGUCCAGAAGGGUUCACUGGUCGGUGUUUGUGGUGGAGUUGGAAGUGGGAAGAGCUCGCUGCUCUCCGCUCUGCUGGGACAGAUGACCCUGCUUGGAGGCUCGGUGGCUGUCAACGGUGGUUUGGCGUAUGUCGCUCAACAGGCCUGGAUCCUCAAUGAUUCCCUGAGAGAGAACAUACUGUUUGGGAAAGAAUAUAUCGAGGAAAAGUACAAUGCUGUUCUGGACGCAUGCUGUUUAGUUCCUGACAUAACCCAGCUACCAUACGGAGACAUGACUGAGAUAGGAGAAAAAGGUGCCAACCUCAGCGGCGGCCAGCGGCAGAGAGUGAGUCUGGCCCGGGCGCUGUACAGCGAGAGACCCAUUCUUCUGCUGGACGACCCGCUCAGCGCCGUGGACACACACGUGGGCUCUCGGAUAUUUCACGGCGCCAUCCGCGGCGCUUCCAAGGGCAGGACUGUCAUAUUUGUCACGCACCAGUUGCAGUAUUUGCCCGAGUGUGACGAGGUGGUGCUGAUGAAGGACUGCAAGAUAGCAGAACACGGCGCGCACGCCUACCUCAUGGAGAAAGAACGGGAAUACGCCGCCCUGUUCAACAACGUGCAGCAAGAGAACCUGGUGAGGAAGAACCUGAAAAACAAGCAGAGGCCAGAAGCCCCGAGCAGCCCGCAGUCCUUUCACGCUAACGUCACGGUCGAACCGUCUGCUGAGAGCAAGAAAGGAGCUCAACUCAUGCAGGCAGAGGAAAAGGGGUCCGGAGCCGUGUCCUGGGACGUGUACGCCUCUUACAUCAAGGCUGCUGGAGGGCCUCUGGCCUUCAUCGUAAACAUCCUCCUCUUCCUCUUCACCACAGGCAGCAUCGCCUUCAGCAACUGGUGGCUCAGUCACUGGAUCAGAGAGGGCAGCGGGAAUUCCUCGCUGGUACAGGGAAACGAGACCGCAGAGAGCGAUAGCAUGCGACUGAACCCGCACGUACAGUACUACUCCAGGGUGUACGUUCUGUCCAUGGGGGCGGCGUUGUUUCUGAAGACCUUGAGAGGACUGGUUUUCGUUAAGUGCGCCGUGCGGGCAGCCUCGGUUCUGCAUGACAAACUAUUUAAGACUGUACUUCAAAGCACCAUGCGCUUUUUCGACACGACACCCCUGGGACGUAUUCUCAACCGAUUCUCCAGAGACAUGGACGAGGUUGACGUGCGUCUGGCAAUGCAAGCCGAAAUGUUGCUCCAGAAUCUGACAUUAGUCCUCUUCUGUCUGGGUGUGGUGUGUGCGGUGUUCCCAUGGUUCUUGUUCUCUAUCAUUCCUUUGGGCUCGUUCCUCUUCAUCGUCAACAGAAUCUCCAGGGUUUUGAUUCGUGAGCUGAAGCGACUGGAAAAUAUCAGCCAAUCCCCUUUCACCUCUCAUAUCACCAGCAGUCUGCAAGGAUUGUCCACUAUCUAUGCUUAAGGCAGGGGGACAGACUUCAUACACAGGUAUCAGACCCUGCUCGACACAAACCAAGCGUGUCAAUAUUUGUUCAGCUGCGGCAUGCGUUGGCUGGCUGUCCGGUUGGACCUUAUCAGUAUUUCUCUCAUAACCACCGUAAGCCUCCUCAUUGUCUUCAUGCACGAUCAAAUUCCUCCUGCAUACGCCGGCCUCGCCAUCUCUUACGCCGUUCAGUUGACCGGCCUGUUUCAGUUCACCGUCAGGCUCCUGUCUGAAAUCGAAGCUCGUUUUACAUCAGUGGAGCGGAUCAAUCAUUACAUAAAGAACCUAGAAAGCGAAGGUCCACGCCAAGUUGCCGGGCUGCCCUCCUCUACGUCCCGUUGGCUGCAGGAAGGACGAUUGACCUUCCAGAAUGUGGAAAUGCGGUAUCGGGACGAUCUUCCUCUGGUUUUGAAGAAUCUCUCCUUUUGCAUCCAACCAGAGGAGACGGUGGGAAUAGUUGGCAGAACAGGGUCAGGGAAAUCUUCACUGGGUGUCGCACUCUUCAGACUAGUGGAGCUUAGCGGGGGAUCAAUCGUCAUUGAUGGUGUCAACAUCGCUCACAUUGGUCUGGAGGAUUUGAGAAGCAAGCUGUCAGUCAUCCCCCAAGAGCCAGUUCUGUUCAUUGGUACUGUCAGGUCAAAUCUGGAUCCCUGGGAUCAAUAUACAGAUGCACAGAUCUGGGAGGCACUAGAGAAAUCACACAUUAAGGACACGGUGAUCCAGCUGCCUAAUUCACUGCAUUCUGAGGUGACGGAUAAUGGAGAGAACUUCUCUGUGGGAGAGAGACAACUACUGUGUGUGGCCAGAGCACUUCUCAGACACAGCAAGAUCCUGCUCUUAGACGAAGCAACAGCUGCCAUUGACACAGAGACAGACCGUCUCAUACAGGACACUAUUCGAACAGCAUUUAGUGGCUGUAGCACUCUGAUCAUUGCCCAUCGUCUCAACACUGUGCUAAACUGUUCCAGAAUCAUGGUUCUGGACCAGGGUCAGAUUUUGGAGUUCGAUACCCCUUCAAACCUGCUGGCCAAUGAGAACUCUCGUUUUCGUGCCAUGAUGGCGGCAGCCCGAAGAGACUCCUAAGAACAUGCACUGAAAUGAAGAGAGACAAGACGGUCUUCUAACCUGCUGAGAAUAGGGAUUAUUGAAGCUGCUAACUGCAAAACUGAGUUGUUUGUUGUUCUUUAGUACCAUGAGAAUGUUCUAGUUAACAGAGAUUUUGAGGCGAUAUGGCAUCGUGAAGGAGAGUCGUCCAAUGGGAAUAUUCACAUUAUGUGCACUUUAUUUUCCCUCUGAGGCAGAUAAAUCCUGACCGUCACUGGAGUGUCUUAUGCUCCUGAAAUUGGUACCGAACAAGUGUUCUGAGUGCAUUUCUCUUAAAAGACUUUCUUCUACCUGAAUUUGGUAGAAGUCAUUUUUGCACACUGAUAUGUAUUUUUUUUUCAUGUUUUUCUUUAUUUGUUAUUGCAUGUAAGAUAUGCAGUGACCAUACGGUAAGCUAUUGAUUUGCCUUAUAUGUAUCUGAAGUUCUCAAGUCCACUUACUGGACAAAAAUGAAAAUCCAACCAAAGAUCACAUUCAGAUAACGCUAUGCAGUCAUUCCAGACAUGUCAACAGAAAAAUGUUUGUUUGUUUAUUUGCUGUAUUUUUCAAGCGUAAGUUUUGUGCCUCUUCUGUUAUUUGAGCUACAAAAUAUGUCAAAGACAAUUGUGCAAUUCGUUUUUGUGAACAAAACGUGCAAUGUGAAUCGUGAAAAAUUCAUGAUCAAGACACUGCUGGUUUUAAUCAAAGUGCGUAUUUUUGUGUAAUGUCACGUAAUCAACACACACAUACGUUUUUUUAACUCUUUGAUUUAUAAAGAGCUAACAAGUUUCAUAUAAUCUUUUAUGAAUCUUUAAGUUAAGUUUUUGUUGAAAAGCUUAAAGUUAAAAAAUUGCACAUGUUUAGGUAGCUUAAUUAUGCAAUGUUUUGGUAAAUAAGCCUUUUGGGAAUCUAUAUAUAUUUUUGUAUGUAUGCCACACAAUGCAGUACAUGUUCAGAUAUUCAUCUUGGAAAAAUCAAGAUGAAGUAAAUUAGUGUUCAUAAUUAGAUAUUAAGUUAAUCAUUAAGAGUUGCCUUGGUUAGGAUUUUGCAGUUGUUUACUUGUUUUAUGACUGUUGUAAAAAUGC